AUGCACCUGCCGUUCUCGAACGGCGGCGGAGGGGAUGGGCAGAGACCCUCCCCUUCUGGUCAGGGCGGAGGAAAUUCGGGACGAACCUCGACGGCCGGGGAAGGGGGAGGAGCGCGCAACUGGCUUCGCAGAGGAGCUGAAGCCCUCCCUGGUCCUCCAGGGCAGGAAGAGCGUUCGUCUGCUGCUUGCAUCGCGUUUUCCCUCAGCAUUCUUUUGAUUCUUUUCUUGUUCAACUUGGACACAAUUGUGGAUAGCUCCGGUACGCCGUCUCCUCGCACCAGCGUUAGUCAACAACGUGGGGGAGACGGGAGUUCCAGCUCGAACUCGAAUUCCAUAUCUGCGUAUUACGCGGCGAACAAAAGAGAGCAGUCGCCACUCCGAGUAGGCAUGGAUCGCACGAAGCGGUAUAGCUUGCAGUUCAACUCCGAAUUCUUCUUCUUCGUUUUCGACCCUGUUGAUCUGAAUGGAACGACGCCUGUGCAACUCACCAGUGAAGACUUGAGGCAGCGAAACUCGCACAUGUCGGGCAACGAUUUCUCAACUGCUUUUCCAUACUCUACUCGGUCACUUUCUCUCCUGACUUCUGGUCCAGCGACAGUGCAUCUUUAUACUACACGUACAAUCUUCCAGUCCGUCCGUAUGGCCUUGCUUCGGAUACAUUUGAACGUUGGUGCAGCGUUUUCGUCUGCGCCUUUCACCUUUCCCUACGGUUUCUUCGACGCCGUCUCGAGUCUCUUCGUGGACCGCGAUUUGUACCUGACAGGAGUCGACCUUCGAGACGUUCCGAAGGCUAACUUCCAAGGCUCGUCACUGGCCUCGAAGCUGCCAGUAGCCAGAGGCCUGUCGCUUUCUUCUGGCUCUCCAGAUGCGACCUGGUGUACGUACACCGCAUCGCUAAAGCUGAACUUCGAACCCGGUCUUGGCAAGUCCGCACGAGAGGCGGAUGAGAGUUCCGUAUCGGAGCUCUCUCAGCGGGCGGCGCAAAAUAGCGACGCAGCUGCGAGUGUUGCUGCAGCAGCAUCGGGCCCUCCUCGGCGGCUUUAUGCUCCAGGAGCUUCUGUGGUGGAAAGUCCGGUUUUCGGAACACCUCCGUCGCGUCAUCGCGAGGGGUCGUCUGCGUCACAGCAGGAAGGCGCGACCCACUCAGGUACACUGCCACCGGGAGUGGCGGUUGCCUCAGAUUUCUCUUCUGACGGGCGACGCGUGCCUAGCAACUCCUCCUCAGACUCUUGGGUGACGGAUAAGCCGACUUUCGAAGAAGGCUCAUCGGAAGUGGAAAGCCUUAAUGGCGAAGAUGACGCAGGUGACGAACGUCCUCGAGUCGGAAACGAACUACAAGGAGAUCUUGUUGGCGAACUUGUCUCAUCUGACUGUGGGUUCUACAUCUAUUUCCGAGCAUGGGAAAUCGACUACAUUGCUCUGGCGAGCCACAUCACGUCAGUGACACUCGUUUUCAACGUCAAAACUCUGCUAGAAAUGCGGCUUUUCUGGAAACAGAUGCAACAUACAGAGGGUAUUGGGGGUCUGGGAAGUACCUCUUCUCAGGCGCUCCUUCAGCGGGUUUCGGUCAUGGGACUAGCGUGGCAGGCUGCCCUCGACAUUUUCGAGGUUGUGGCCAUGUUCCGCGUAGCUAUGAACCUUCAGAUAAUGAUGGCGUACUUUUCUAUCCUCAUCAUGUUCAAGGCAAUCCUCUUUGGAGCUUUGGAGGUGCGGUACCUUCUCAUGGUGUGGAACGCCAGUCAUCAGAGCAACCCGCAAGACUUAGACUCUACAGGGCGCGCACUGGCACACUUUUAUCGAAAUUUCUACGGCUCCCUGGCCUUCCUCGUUCUCUUUCUCUACUACGUCUUCCCAGUCUUUCCGCCGGUCUGUGUCGUCCUGUACUUCGUGUGGCUGCCUCAAAUUGCCUGGGACGUCUGGCGGGGCCAGAGGAAUUCCAUGGACUUGCAGUUUGUCGUCGGAAUAUCAAUUUGCCGACUUGUUUUGCCCACGUACCUCUUCGGGUGCCCGGUCAGCCUCUUCCAAGAGUCUUUUGUCGGGGUCACUCUCCCCAACUACCCCGUCCUCGUCUGCAUCAUCGUCAUUAUGACCCUCCAGGUGCUCCUGAUGCUAGCGCAGCGGCGGUUUGGCUCGCGGUUCUUUGUGCCCUUGGACCAUUUGCCACAUGUGUACAACUACCACCGACCGUUACCAGCGUCCUUGUCGAACGAUGCGGAAGAAGGCUUGCCUGAGUGUGCGAUCUGCAUGAACCCAAUUGCCCGCAAGAGCAGGCACCGGAGCAUCACGCCGUGCGAUCACCUCUUCCACGACAAGUGCCUGCAGCAGUGGAUGGAGGUGAAGAUGGAAUGCCCGAACUGUCGAGGUGCCCUGCCUCCAUUCCCUUGA